AUGAGCGACAACUGGAGCGCGUGCCUGCAGACGCUUGAGGGCCAUAGCGAUUGGGUUGAGUCGGUGGCCUUCUCGCACGACUCGGCCCGACUGGCGUCGGCGUCGAGGGAUAGGACCGUCAAGAUCUGGGAUGCUAGCAGCGGCGCGUGCCUGCAGACGCUCGAUGGCCAUAGCGAUUGGGUCCACUCGGUGGCCUUCUCGCACGACUCGACCCGGCUGGCAUCGGCGUCAAACGACAGCACUGUUAAGAUCUGGGAUGCGAGCAGCGGCGCGUGCCUGAAGACGCUCGAGGGCCAUAAUGAUGGGGUCUACUCGGUGGCCUUCUCGCACGACUCGACCCGGCUGGCGUCAGCGUCGAGCGACAACACCGUUAAGAUCUGGGAUGCUAGCAGCGGCGCGUGCCUGAAGACGCUCGAGGGCCAUAGCGAUUGGGUCUACAAGGUAGCCUUCUCGCACGACUCGACCCGGCUGGCGUCGUCAUCCUGGGACAGCACUGUUAAGAUCUGGGAUGCUAGCAGCGGCGCGUGCCUACAGACGCUCGAGGGCCAUAACUAUGGGGUCUACUUAGUGGCCUUCUCGCACGACUCGACCCGGCUGGCGUCGGAAUCGAACGACAACACCGUCAAGAUCUGGGACGCCAGCAGCGGCGCGUGCCUACAGACGCUGAAAGGCCACAAAAUUGCCAGCUUAGUGGGCUUUGAAACCCAGCAACUUAUUCAUCAGGCUAUCGGCAUUAGCUCAGAUGAAACCUGGAUUACUCAUAAUGCUCAAAAGCGGUUGUGGCUCCCAUCAGAGUAUCGUCCAUGUCGCUCAGCUGUGUCAGACAGAUGUAUUGGUAUAAGCACAGGGUCUGGAAAGGUGUGGAUAUACUGCCUGAAGUAA